AUGUGGCUCCAGUUAUUCAAGUCGAUUCUUGGUCUUUUUUGCGGUACAACCUCGACAAGCACAGACCAGAAGCCACAUCAGUUGCAGCCGCAACAACAGCCUGGACAGUCCGCCCCUCAUUGGCAACAGCCUCAGCAAUAUAGCCCGUCCGUAUCAACCCCUCAGAAAUACCAGGAUGCUAAUCAGAUUAACCAGCACAAUGAACAUUAUGUCGCUCUCCGCGCACAAGCUAAUGAACAUGGUGACUUGAUGGCGAAAUGCUUCAGAGAAAGCCACGAGGCAUACUCACGCGGAGACGGUGCAUUGGCUAAGGAACUAUCGAACGAAGGAAAGGAUCACCAACGCAAAAUGGAGCAGCUUAACAAACAGGCCAGCGACUUCAUCUUUGAUAGUAAACCAGGAGAAGUUGAUCUUCAUGGACUUUAUGUGAAGGAAGCUAUAUUCCGUGCUGAUCAGGCCAUCCAACAAGCCAAGCAACGGGGCCAGCCACAAAUAAAUUUCAUUGUCGGCAAAGGGCUGCAUUCUCAAGGCGGAGUUGCCAAAAUCAAGCCUGCCAUAGAGGAAUUAAUUCAAAGGCAUAAUUUGGUCGCACGUAUAGACCCCAAUAACACCGGUGUCUUAAUUGUCAUGCUUGAUUCCCAGCCUGGGCAACGAGGCAUGGGUGCGGACGAGAUAUCCCACAGAUUGGAAAGAAACGGGGAGAGUUGCAUAAUCAUGUAA